CCGCGCGGGCAGAGCUGGGAGGGGACGGAGGAAGGAGAGCUGGGCAAAGCGCGGGGGGAGAGCCCCCCAAAUCCCUCAUUUCUCUCGGGUGUUGGCUCAAUUUGUGGUUUUAAGAAAACCUGAGAGCUUGAAGGCAGCUGCCCUGGGAGAAGCCCUUUCCGGGGGCAGCCGGAACCUUCUGGUCCAGAGGAAGAAGCCGUCCCCUCACCUGGACUUAUGACCCGUGGCUUGGCCCCCAGCCUGCCCGCCGAGGUCCACAAGAUGGGCUCCUUCCGCAGGCCCAGACCGCGCUUCAUGAGCUCCCCGGUGCUCAGCGACCUGCCCCGGUUCCAAGCCACUCGCCAGGCCCUGCAGCUGAGCUCCAACUCGGCCUGGAACAGCGUGCAGACCGCCGUGAUCAACGUCUUCAAAGGCGGAGGCUUGCAGAGCAACGAGCUCUAUGCACUGAAUGAAAACAUCAGGCGGCUGCUGAAGAGUGAACUCGGAGCGUUCAUUACAGACUAUUUCCAGAACCAGCUUCUUGCGAAAGGACUGCUGUUUGUGGAGGAGAAGAUCAAGCUGAGCGAAGGUGAAAAUCGCAUUGAGGUUCUGGCUGAAGUCUGGGACCACUUCUUCACUGAGACCCUCCCCACCCUGCAGGCCAUAUUUUACCCAGUUCAGGGCCAGGAGCUGACCAUCCGCCAGAUCUCCCUGCUGGGCUUCCGUGACCUGGUGCUGCUGAAGGUGAAGCUGGGCGACCUGCUGCUGCUGGGCCCGUCCCAGCUGCCCCCGUCCAUCGUCCAGAUGCUGCUCGUCCUGCAGAGUGUUCAUGAGCCCACAGGCCCCAGUGAGGGGUGUGUGCAGCUGGAGGAGCUGGUGAAGCAAGUGGUUUCUCCUUUCCUGGGCGUCAGCGAGGACCGCGGCGUCUCGGGCCCCACGUACACGCUGGCCAGGCGCCACUCCCGGGUCCGGCCCAAGGUCACGGUCCUGAACUACGCCUCCCCGAUGCCCACCGGCGGCCGGCCCCUGAAUGAGAUGGCCCUGACCCCUCUGACAGAGCAAGAGGGGGAGGCCUACCUGGAGAAGUGUGGCAGCGUCCGGCGGCACACGGUAGCCAACGCCCACUCGGACAUCCAGCUGCUGGCCAUGGCCACCAUGAUGCACUCAGGCCUAGGCGAGGAGCCCGGGGCCGAGGACCAGUGCCUCCUCCUGCCGCCCCGAUUCUCGCCGCCGCCCCACCGCCAGUGCUCCAGCGAGCCCAACAUCACCGACGGCCCCGAGGAGCUGGAGGAGGUGGCGGGGGGCUGCCCGGAGGACUCGGAGCCCAACUGUGCCUCCCUCAGCUGACUGCCCACCUGGGGACCUCCCGGCUCUGCCCAGCAGCCAGCAUGAGGACAGCCCCAGCCUGUGACUCCCCAGCGGGCUCUUCCUUGGGGCAAGGCUGCCUCGUGUAUUCUUGGGGACAGGCCUAGUCUGAGUGCCCGGGAGGGAUCCCCUGUUGUCAGCCACUCCGUUUUCGUGCCUGUGACCACCUCUUCGCAGCCACACAGACCCGGUGCCUGAUGUCCACUUUCUGAUUUCCUGCCUGGCCCGGAUUUCGACUCUGGGCUUCCCCGCUCAGAUCCUGGACUGCCCCCUGCCCCCCAAGGACACAGCCCGGUGCCCUUGGCAUUGCUGUGGCAGGAGGCGGCCUGGGCCCCACCUAGAGCCCAAAAGGAUGUGCUGGAGUUCCCCUUUGGGUCCGGGGAGGCAGAGGCGUGUGGGUGAAAAGGUACCUCUCCUUCCCUGUUUGUGGGGAGUGAACGGAGACGCAGCCCCUACCAAGCAGGGCGCUGGGAAAGCGCCUUCCUCAUUUUAGUUUCAGGAUUACAGGGAGAGCGGUGCCCCCCUGGUGCUGAGGGUCCCCUACAUCACAUCCGGGAGGCCUCCAGGCUGGAUGAAGCCUCUGCAUUCCCCCCCAGGCUUCCUCCCAAGCUCACAGAACCAGCUUCCCUGGGGGCGUUGCCGCUGCCUUCAUCCCUCUCUGACGUCAGAAACUGACCAUUUUCCUGUUGUGGGUGAAGGGCCGAAGGGCCGGCUGAUACCAACCAACUAGUCUUGUUCCUGGAUUUGACUUGAAUUUUUAAAAUGUGCAUCCUUUCAAAACAAAUUGUUUGCGAAUAUUUGCACCGGGGGUGGGUCUCGCACUGCUCCUUCCCAAUGGAGUGUGUCUUCCACACCCUCCGGGAAAGGGGACGGAGCGUUUGGGGGGUGAAAGGGACCCGUGGUGGGCAGGGCUCACGGGCUGCAGAACUCUGGAAGCAGCUGGGCUCGGAUCCAGAGUGGCCUGUGUUUGUGAGUGUCAUGGCUUGUUGGAGGAGCCGCAGGGAGGUAGGGAGACGGCCGCAUGAGCAGAGGGCUGUAGCGAUGGAAUGUCUCAGUGUUUUACCGUGGGGUGUCA